AUGUUCGCUUUAUCGGAGAAUCGGAGCGAGCACAAAAACAACUUCCAGAAAAUUAAGAAUCAAGUCGAAAGUAUCAAAAUGAUUCUACGCUGUGGCAUAUGCUGUUCAACUUUACGUGAUCCAAUUAUGACCACUUGCAAUCAUGCCUUCUGCAGAGUUUGUCUGUCUGAGUGUUUCAAAAGGCUUUCAGUGAUGCGAUGUCCUAUCUGCAAUAUGUCGUUGAAUAAAAGAAGUUGUGCAAGCUGUCCAUUGCUAUCGUCUUUACUUGAGAAAUAUUUACCGCUGGCCAAGGCAUUCAAAAAAGAUAUUUUAGCUACUGGUUUUGCGAAAGAAAAUGAUUUUAUUGAAAGUCAGGUUCCGAUAACACAGGCGGUUGAAACUUCCUCGUUAGAACUUCUUCCAAAUCAGUCGCGAAAGCUGCUAAAAAAGGAAUCGAAAAGUGCGAAGCGCCGUAUCACUCAUCCUCAACAUAGACCGGUGAAAAUGCAACGGAUUGAUGAGACAGAUUAUUCAAAUUUGGUAACAGGAAUUGGCAUGAAUACCUUUCCGGGAAUAUCAGCAAUUGACCACACUUCUUGCGGCACUGAAGGUCUUGUUAUGGGUCGCAGUGCUACUAAGUCCUUGUUUAAACAACUCAACAUGAAUUCUGGGAAAUUCAGCAGUGGUGAAAAGAAUAUUGAAAAUGUUGGCAUUCAAACGGACAAAAAAGAAAUACAGCACAGAAGUCAGCAGAUCAGUAUAGAAGAUGUUAUGUGUUCGCCGUUGUAUAUAGAAGGAUUAAAUUUUAAUGCGUCGGCAAUGCAUGAUCAGAAGAUUCAGAAAGACAAUAGUGCAGACAGGUCAGAUGCCUUGGACCAAAUAGAAGCGAUUGUUAAUUCUGUGUUUGAAGAAAGCGAAAAUCAAUCACGUAUUGAGGUGCUUAUCAAAUGUAUGCCAUGGAUACCGGACUUUCUACAUCUAGGUCGGGAAGAAUUGGUCAAUACAAUAUGUGGGAUAAAUGCCGAAGAAGAAAGUCGUAGUGCGAACAGUCCUUCGAAAAAUGGUAUUGAUUUAGUUCUUGAGAGUGACGGAGAAAUGGAUAUUGCAGUUCCAUCAAAAACUUUUUAUACUACUGAUUGCUGCCACAACGAUGUGCAACAGAGUAAAGAUCUUACUACUGAACAACGCACUGUUUCAUUUCUAAAGGAUAAACAAUAUAAUAAAGAAGAUAAUGAAAUGUGUCAUUCAAUGAUGGUAUCUGGAGCAUCGAAACUCAGUGAUCACUUUUUGCUACAUAAAUUCUUGGAUAAUUUCUCUUCUUUCAAGCUUUCCACAUCGAUAAAUCGAAAGUGUACAUAUCUGAUUAUUUUCAAUACCGAUGGUCUAGUUUGUGAAUUGUGGACAGUGAAAUUAAUUUACGCACUGGUUAAUCACUGCACGAUUGUGUCGUAUUCGUGGUUAGAGAACUGUCUCAACCAAAAAAGUGUUCUACCCACGGAUGGUUUCGAAAUUUUAUUGAAAAUAGAUGAAACUGUGGUAAGCGUAACCGCUCAGCGUGCCAUUACUGAUCCGAGCAAUUUAUUCGAUGGGCAUAUAUUUUAUGUCCCUCAAACUUUCUUUAAUACGCAACUGAUAGCAAGAGAUGUUUUUUUGGAGAUCGUUGAAUUGAGCGGUGGGAAGACUGUAUCACAUGUCUGGGAGCUUCACUCCGAACGCAGUUACAUCAUAUUUGCCCCAGAUUGCUUUAAUCGUGAUGCUGCUCGAAGAUUUGAAUUGGAUAUAAAAAAAGAGGUAAUUAAAGCGGAUUGGAUUUUUGCAUCGAUUGGUCAACAUCGUAUCCUAAACAGAGAGCCUUAUCGUCUUAUUCAUUCCGUCAGCUGA